AUGGGAGAAGCCGAAUCUACGACACCUCACUCGACAGCCGAAUCCCAGCUCAAAGCCGUCAAAGACAAGAAGUGCCCCUUCUGCAACCAAGCCUUCACCUCGAGCAGCUUGGGGCGACAUCUCGACCUGUACAUCCGAGCCAAGAACCCAAAGGCACCCGAUGGCGUGCACAUUGUUGACGAGAUACGGAAGCUACGGGGCGGAAUCACAAGGCGGCAGGUCAAGGGCAGUGUCUCGACGCCGAAAAGAGACGACAGCCGGGUGAGCACGCCGGCAAACAAAAAGCUUAGGAGAGUGAGCGGGGACUCGUCCAUGCUGGUGGAGAGCCCCGAAGACGACGAUGACGAGCUGCAAGUCGGCAGGGCACGGACCCAAGGCAACGACGGCAAGCAGCAAUCCUCGAGGCUCGGCACCAGGGCAGUAGACGUUGGGCGAGAUGUAUCGCGGCAAAUGCAAAAGGCGGACCUGGACCAGCGGAGCAAGACGAGCGAGGAAGCCGAGACAGCAAGGGCUACGGAAAUGGCACUAAGGGAGCUACUCAAGAGCGUGCGGGACGCCAAUGCGAAAGCAUUAGGCCCGGGCCUCUUCGACUUCGACCCUUACACGCUCAGCUUCCCAUCGCUUUGCCUCCAUAUCCUCUCUACCCCGGCCACCCUCUUCUCGCCCACACCCUUCCCGACCUCCGAGUCUUGGUCUAUAACCCCGCCUGGACAGAAGCAGCUCGACGCGCUGAAUCGCCAGGUCCGUGAACGCCUGCUUGCUUACCAGCGGCAACGCCAUAUCAACACAGUGUACCCUUCGGGCACACAGUCUAACGCCUCCUCCGCUGCAAACUCGCCGCUACCCACCCCGCCGCUCGUUGAUCCCGACCCACAAAGACUGUUCUGUCAUAUUGCCGAGGCGUACAACCACUGGAUUCACCAGACAGAUAAAACAAGGCACGAGUACUGGCAAAUUGAAAUCCUGCGCUGCUACGCGCGUGCUACCGACAAAAGACGCGAGGUUGAGGUGCACCUCGAGAAUGCACGGAGAGAAAUAGAUUAUCUCAAGGCCAAUCGGUGGACGUCGGGAGCACCUGAGGUCUCACCCAUUCGUAUCAGCCUAGCUGGUGACGCUACGAAAGAGCUCGGCAAACAUGGCAUGGAAUUCCGCAACUGGGAUUACGACCGUCUGAUCGACAAGUGCAGGACAGCCAUUCGGGAGAGCAAGGCUAGCUCCUCGGGCAUGGCGGCGCAGCGACCUCUCCCUGGCGGCCAUGCUAGUACCAGGAGCUGCUCCAUGGCCAGUCUUCCACCUCAGUUCGCCACUGUUAAUCAACCAAGACAGACUAGCCCGGUCAAGGUGGAAGGCGCCAUGCCCUUCACCGCGCCGUCGACUGUCAACGGCGACACAGGCAGUGAUCAAGUCGAUGCAGAAGGUGAUGACGACGACGACGACGACGACGACGACGACGACGACGAUGUUGACCUCAGCCCACAGUCCGAAGAUGAGGAUCCGAUGAACCACCUCCAGCAUCAGGCCCCUCAGCCUCUGCAUCAACAACAGCACCAAGACUAUGGGCUGGGAGCACCGAUACAGCCAACACCCAUCCAUCCUUCGCAAAUCCAAUCUCAGAUGCAAGCAAACCUCCACGUCACACAAGCUCAAGCUCAAGCUCAAGCGCAGGCGCAAGCUCAGCACGCACAAGCCCAUGCUCAAGCACAAGCACAAGCUCAGGCCCAGGCACAGGCACAGGCAUGGGCCGCUGCACGACAACACAUGAACCAAUCUCGAAACCAGGACUACCGGCCGCACCAGCACCAGCACCAACAGCUUUCACCGCAUGUGCAGCACAUUGCCUCUGCUAACAACAGUCGACGGCCGUCAUUGGCCAUGAUGGAUCCACACGCCAUGAACAAUAAUACGGUGACUGGAAUGAGUGGAUCCAUGGGCCUAUCCACUGGCAUGGAAGAUCUAGAGCACCACCAAGACCAGUUCCUUCGAAUGGAGAUGGGACUCCCGUCCGGAUUCGUUAACUCGAACGACGGAAGCGUAUCGAUGGGCACCUAG